AUGGCAGACGAUGGCGAGUAUAGUUUUUCUCUAACUACUUUUAGCCCAUCUGGCAAACUUGUUCAGAUAGAAUAUGCCUUGAAUGGUGUUGCUAAGGGUGCUCCAACUCUUGGAAUCAAGGCAACUAAUGGUGUUGUAAUAGCCGCUGAAAAGAAACAGCCUUCCACAUUAAUUGAAAGCGAUUCACUUAACAAAAUUGACCUUUUCGCAGAUCAUAUCGGAGCAGUGGCUGCUGGAAUGCCUGCAGAUUUUAGAGUUGUUUUAAAAAAGGGUAGAAAAGAGGCUAUGAAGUAUAAGGCUAUAUAUGGUGAUGAUAUUCCCGGUUCACAACUUGUGAAAGACGUAGCAUCAAUUAUGCAGGAAUUUACACACUCAGGCGGAGUUCGACCCUUUGGAAUCUCACUCUUACUUGCAUCAUAUGAUGAUGAUGGACCACAGUUGUAUCAAAUAGACCCAUCAGGUGCCUUUUUUGGUUGGAAGGCUACUGCAAUUGGGAGUAGAAUGCAAAAUAACAACACAUUUCUGGAGAAGAGAUAUAACCCAGAAAUGGAACUAGAAGAUGCAAUCCACAUUGCAAUUUUAACUCUAAAGGAAGGCUUUGAAGGAGAGUUAACCUCGGAAAAUAUCGAAAUUGGAGUAGUGGGACCUGAUAAAAAGUUUAAAAUCCUACCACCCGAAAUGAUAGAAGAUUAUUUAAACGAAGUUCAAUAA